AUGGCCCUUGGUGCUUCAGAAAAAGCCAACAUAUUACCUCUUGCACCCGAAGGCACCAAGCCUGGCGCGGCGGCUCAGAUAACUUGGCGGACAUAUGUUAAUGCAACGGCGAAUGCACCACCGACUAUUAUUGUUAAUAUCGAUGGGGUCUCGAAGGUUCUCAAGCCUUGCGCGGCACCUGCACCGGAAGCCCCGAUCCCUUCUGCGCCCCUACCUUCUUUCGACAACGUCACCUUCCUCCGCUACAACGAUACCGAUGUCCAAGCCAACGGCGACACAGCCUAUCUCUUUGCCCCUGUCAAACCACCGCAAGGUGAUACGGUUCUUGUCAUCCAGGGCCGUUCGCCUAGGUCUCCAUUGGGUGACUCCCCCAGUGUGUGGCCAACAGAUGAUGCCGACGUGAGGUACUGGUCUCUCUGCAACUCGAUCAUGCAGGCCCCGUAUCCGGUAGUGGUCAAUAAGGCAGGAGACGUCGGUUGCCGCCACGACAGCCAAUUCCAGCUGGACGAACAGCACAAGUACCUCGCCAUCGUGGGUACUGAAGCGCAGCGAGAUGUAAUUCAGGGGAUACCAAACUCGACUUUCAUACCAUUUUCGGUUGAUUAUCCUGACACGAAUCACGGACUUAUCUUCCGCCAGAUGAUUACCGCCGAUGGCUUUUCCGAGGGUGUCAAAAGAGUACCCCCUGGGUCCUCUCUAGACGCGACAGUUGCCAUUAUGGGUGACUACUAUCCUCAUGCAUCGUUUUGUUCACUCAGUAGCCUUAAGGACAACGGUCCUCAAGCCUGUAGUUUAUAG